GCGGCAGCAACUAGAAAUCAUCCUCGCCCGGCACCGGUUUCUGUUUCACGUCGACCGAGUCCAUUCGAGAAAACAAUGUUACUCGCGAGUCCGCGAUCCUGACGCGUCGAGUGUGAUCCACUGCGAGGCAGCGGCCAUCGUCGGUUUUGAUCAAUCUUGCGACAUCGAGUUCAGUUGGACCGUCUUCAAGAAGAAACAGCGUGAACAUCGGACGUUGGACUAGUUACAAGAUCUCCAUGGUAUCUUCGUGAUCCAGUGAUUCCGGUGGAGAACGAUCUCUUCAGUGUGUUCGACGACGGUGUUCCUCACCGAGGAGGAACGAAGAGCGGUGGCCGACGAUCGCGACAGUCCCGGAAAAUCGUCGGUGAAAAACGGAAACGGAGUUUAGUGGGCGCGUGCGCGCGCGCUUCUAGACGCGAGCUGGUAAUCUGCUGGCGGAGCGCCGCGGUUAGAUCGAAAAUAAUCCGGCGAUAGAGGUUCCGAGAAGUCACGGGAUCCCCGAUCCGCUGCCGGGAGCGAGAGUCAUCGUGGAAAUCCGUUCGGCGUCGAUCCGGCCGGUCUGGAGAGCGACGCGAGUGCGGCCGAUAGCGAAAGUCGGAGGGAAAAGAGAGCAAAACGGCCGGGCGCGGUGCACAAAGGAGAACAGAUUAGAAUUGCCGUGGCUCUCUGGUCGUCGCGUUGCCGAGAAAAACCGCGCUCGGGGAGAUAGACCUCCGUUCCCGACGGACCGACAUGCGCUCGCUCGCUCGCUCGCCCCGCGUUCGUCCCGCGUUCUCGCCCCGCGUUCUCGCCCCGCGUUCUCGCCCCGUAAUCGAGCGCGAAAUUAAUUAAACGUGACAAACGUGCGAGCUUGAUACGCGGCCAGUGGCACAGAGGGUCGCGGCCGAUCGACGGGAAAGGAGGGAAGAGGAAAAACGGCUCGAUCGUGUGGACGGACCCUCGUAAGUUCGCGAGAAACGGAAGUGACGUUGCCAUGAUAAUACGGUAAUUAACCAGUAAUCGAACAUUUGUUCCACCGAACGAUGAACACUCGCAGUGCGCGAUAAACCCGUGGAAUUGUUUAACGAGUCGUCCGAUUUCGUCGAGCAUCAGCUGAAUUUCCGGAUCGCGGUCGAACAAUCGGCGGGAAGAUGAACGACAUCAUGGGAGAGGCGUCGGGUUCGAUUGCCUCGGGCAAUGGCGGCAAUGCCGCCGUCGCUAACAACAACAAUAACAAUGGCAACGUGAACAAUAACGGGAAGGCAGCUGUCGUGGCUGCGGUCGGUGCGAAUUGCGGGGAGAAGAUCAGCGCGGCGGUCACCAAGGUUCUUCAGGGAUACGACUGGACUCUGGUACCUGUUGCCAUCAAGGGUUCCGGCGACAAAAGGGCGGCUCACGUGAAGAGGCCCAUGAACGCGUUCAUGGUGUGGGCGCAGGCUGCCAGGCGGAUACUCGCCGACCAGUACCCUCACCUGCACAACGCGGAGCUGUCCAAGACUCUCGGGAAACUCUGGCGAUUGCUCUCGGAGAGCGAGAAGAAGCCGUUCAUCGAGGAAGCCGAUCGGCUUCGCGUUAUUCACAAACGCGAGCACCCGGAUUACAAGUACCAACCCCGCCGCCGGAAGCAGAAUGGCCCGGCGGGUAGAGACAGUUCACCCUCCAGGAGCCAGAGCAACGUUACCUUCAACGUGUCCAGGUCCUUGAAGCAGGAGGACAUGAGUCCCAGGGGAGCGCAGGGCCCGAAUUCUCCGCAGAGCAGAGCCAGCUCGUCUCCUCCGACCACGCCGAAUCAAGGGCUGUCCCCGCCGACUCCGCCAACAACCCCUCGAGGACAGCACUACGUGAAUCAGGGCAACCAGCCGCAACAGAACAGCACGAUGUACCAUCAGGACUUAGUGAUCACCUCCUCGAGCGAGUCUCCUCACCAGCAGCAAGAUUUCCGAUAUAUCGAAGUCGGAGAUGGACUCCCGAUCGAGGAGGGUCAACUGAACGGGCUUGGCUCUUUGGGAGGCGUUGGCUUGAACAUACCUUUGAACCUGCAGGAGUGCGAGGUCGAGAGCAACGAGCUGGAUCAGUACCUUCGGCCUCAGGUGCCACCGGUCCACAUACCUGCCCCGACCACCACCUCGUCCCAAUGGGUAUUUAAUAGAUACGAGGACGAGGUCGAGAGGCCCAGCAAGCGACACUGCUCGGACCAGGCGAUCGCCGAGACCUCCUGGGAGGACAGAUCCCAGGAAAUAGUCAGGUACCACGAGCUCCAACCGCCCCUGCCCCCGAUGCAGUACAUCUCCUCCUCGCACAAUGCCCACUACUCGCACGCGAGCGCGCAGAUGAGCCACCCCCACGUGUCGACGUCCUACGCGCAGUACCAACGCUACGUACCUGGCAUCGAAACCUGGCCCCACUACAUGUAGACAGGUGACAGAGCGAAGCCACGAAUCCUCCAAUGAAUUUCACGCCGUUCGAACGAUCGAGCGGGUUACGAUUCGAUUAACCUUCUAGAUCAGCGUCGGCGACUUUCGGAUCGUUCGAAUGACUCGCGUCGUUUCUCGCGACGUCGAGACAAUAGCCAAAUACGCGACACAGUUAGCGAUUAGUUAGAGCGUUAGGAGUUUACGUUUUAAGCACCCGUGAUCGGAAAAGUCUUGUAUCGUGAUUUCGACGCGCGAGCGCCAGCGGGAACUCGGACGGAAAGUCUCGUUCUACCGGAAGCGAACAUUCUUUCUCCGGUCUCUCGUGCUUCGGGAACUAUAAAUUCGUUUUCUCCGGUCGCUCGUCGAUCGGAGGUUAUAAUUCGAAUUCCGGAACGCCGUCAUCGUUAAGAGCACGUUCGAGUUUCCGCGCUCCGACUUGAACGACGCGGAGUCGAGGAGUCGGGGGCUCUCUCGCGUGCACGGCACAGCAGAGGCACGAUCUUGCUCCAUGACAUCAUUCCAUGACAGCCGGCCAUUCCAAAGCGCAGAAUUUCAGGCUAAACAAACAGACCGCUCGAUACGGUGCCCUCGCCGCGAUCCAAAUAUAAUAAAUAUAUAACGCACGGACUAUAAACCGCCGGCCGCCUAGCGGUUUGUUGCGCGCCGCGUCUACCAAAGUGUAUGGCACGUUCUUCAAAUAAACCUGCGAAACUCGAUCGGCCGUGGACGGGUCGCGGAACUCGCGUGUCCGUGAUUUACUCGGAUACAGGGGUAGAGGGCGGGGGAUCGAGGGAUCCAUCGAGGGAUCGCGAUUCGGGGUGACCUUAAAAAGAUCGAGCAGAAAGUUCUCUUUUUUAGUAUGUCGAAGAUUUUUCUAACAUUUGAGAUUGCUUUUGGAUUCUAUUAGACAUGAUAUGGUUUCAAUGGUGAAUUUAGAUGAGUUUUGAAUGUUGAUUGAUGAGGGUUUUAGAUGUUCUACUAGAGAGGAGUUACGUAGUUUGAACGGUUUGAGGAUUCCUCUGCUAGAUCUUCCUAUGAUUAAUACGGGCUAAAACCGCGACUCCGUAUCGAGCGAUCGAUGAACGUCAGCCAUCGAAGCACACUAGGUCAGUAAUUCACGCAGAUAUUAACACUCUAUUUCGUUACUACGCUGACAGCCGUGCUUUUGUACUUAGAAUAUUUAUUGUACCGCCUAUACAGAGCGUUAAAGCGUAGAUGAUCGCCGCGGCACGCUAACGCGCGAGCGUUAGUCUCACGAGUGUUUCGAAGGCUAAUUUAUGUAAGUAACU